UUCGUAAUAUUAAUAAAGCUGGACAGUUAUUAGAAUGCCCGUUUGAACACAUCACUUUAAGGCUAAUUUCAAGUGUAUUAUUGAGUGAUAAUUAGUGUACUGUGUAAAAUAAUGUAGCAAAAAUGUGAUAUUCGAAAAGAAUUUCGUCAUAAACAGUUGGCGAUCACGAAAGGCAAAUGGAUUUCGGACGGUAGCUGAAGCGCCGUGGUGGCAUGCAGCGCCCUCCGCGCGGCUCCUCCCACUUCCACUGCUCACCCCUCUACGAACCAACCUUGACGAUAUCCAGUCUCCCACCCUUGCUUCUCAUUCUUAUUGUUUUUCCUAUAUCGCAUACACAAAUGACGAAUAAUUCAACCCUACCUGAGAGAUAUUUUCAAAAUGAUGCAAUCCAUAAAGAAAAUAAUUAUACCUUAAAGAAAUACAAUGAAAGCAAUAUAACAUUCAAAAACAAAAACAUAACUACAGCUGUAAGUAAGGAAUAUCAAAUUUUAUUAGAUAGGUUUAGAAGAAAAAACGUUAAAAAUAUGACAAGCGAAGGAAUCUUUUACGAUAUUGGCAAUUUAACUGAUAAUUUAGAUGAUAUGUCAACAAACAAUAAUUUUAACGUAAGCCCACAUAGAAAUUAUUUACAUUAUCAUCAAACGCAGUCAUUUAAAUUACAAAAUAUUGAUUUACUAAAUGCAAAGGAUUCUGAUGACACUAGCGCUAUCGAAAAACUAAGGAUGGAUGAUGAAACUAGAACCAAAAUAUUUCAUGAUUAUUAUUCUACAGUAAACAAAGUCAAUACAAUUAAUGAGGAACACAAUACAAAUGAAUCAAUUAUAAUAGAUGUUUUGGAUUAUAAUGAAACAAUCGAUAUAUUAUUUAAUGAAACCGAAAUUCCACAAACGGUAACUGAUCCGAAAAUCCACAGGCGAUUUUCUAACGACUCAUUAGUGUUCCCUGAUAACCUUUCCUCUUCUCGCGUCCCGACGAUAAUGCAGACACCACGUCCGGGAUUUGUUGAAGAAAUAUCGAAAUCCAGCUCCAACCGGAUCGUGUCGAUCCUGGGCCUGUUCGAGCUGUCAGUGGGAGUGGCGCCGCGGGCCGAGGGCGCCUCGGAGCUGGCCGCCGCGCAGCUGGCCGUGCAACACGUCAACCGGCGCGAGCUCCUGCCCGGGUACAAGCUGCACCUCUUCACCAACGACACGAAGUGUGACCCAGGUGUGGGCGUGGACCGAUUUUUUCACGCAUUGUAUACGGAGCGCGACUCCAGGAUGGUCAUGCUACUGGGCUCCGCAUGCUCGGAGGUCACCGAGAGCAUCGCCAAGAUCGUGCCCUACUGGAACAUUGUUCAGGUAUCAUUCGGGUCUACGUCGCCUGCGCUCAGCGACCGCUCCGAGUUCCCUCUGUUCUGUCGCACCGUCGCCCCCGACUCCUCGCACAACCCCGCCAGGAUCGCAUUCAUCAGACAGUUCGGCUGGGACACCGUGACAGCGUUCUCUCAGAACGAGGAGGUGUACUCGUUGGCCGUCAAUGAGCUGGUGACGCAGCUGGAGGCCGCCAACAUCACCUGCGCGGCCUCCAUCACCUUCGCAGAGUCCGACUUCAAAGAGCAACUGCAACAGUUAAAGGAGCUGGACACCCGAAUAAUCAUUGGUAGUUUUUCUCAGGAGAUGAUUCCCAAAAUAUUCUGUGAGGCUUUCAAGCUAGGAAUGUGGGGCGCGGAGUACGCGUGGGUGGUGGCGGGCGCGCCGCCGCGCCUGCGCGCCACGCCGCCGUGCGCGCGCGCGCAGCUCGCCACCGCGCUAGAAGGGCUCGUGUCCGUCACCGCGCACAGGGGCAUUGUGGGGGACGCCCGCUCAUACUCCGGGCUGGUAAGUAACUCAGAAAACAGUAAUCUUAUUUUAAUUAUAAUAUUACAGACCAACGAAAUGUUCCACCGCGAGAUGGCGGCCGCAGGGGUCGCCGUGUCGCCGUACGCGCCGCAGACCUACGACGCGGUCUGGGCCAUCGCACUGGCGCUCUCGAAGGCGGAGCACCUCUGGCGGAGCCUGGACAUGACGCACUUUAACGGGACCCUGCUUAAAGGAGGCGCUAAGAUGGGCUUGAGCCACUUCGAUUACAAUAGAAAGGAUAUGGCAGAAGAGUUCUUAAAUCAAUUGGCGAAUCUUAGUUUUCUUGGAGUUUCGGGACCAGUUUCAUUCAAUGGCGCAGAUAGGAUUGGCACUUCUGCAUUUUAUCAAAUACAAGGUGGACGGCCAAAGACCGUAGCACUGUACACGCAGGGGCGGGCGCUGGCGUGCGUGGGGUGCGCGCGCGCGGCGUGGGGCGGCGGCGUGCCGGCCGCGCGGCGCGUGCUCGUGCUGCGCGUCGACUCCGUGUGGGCGCCGGCGCGCCUCGCCGUCGCCGCGCUCGCCGCCGCCGGCGUCGCGCUCGCCACGGCCUUCCUGGCGUUCAAUCUGCACUACAGCAAGCGGAGAUCGAUAAAGCUUUCGUCGCCUCGUCUAAAUAACAUGACGCUAAUUGGGUGCGUGUUGGUGUACACCGCGGUCGCUCUGCUCGGCGUCGACAACUCCAACUUGCCGCCCUACGUGUCCUUCUCCGCCAUGUGCAUUGGUAGGGUAUACAUCUUAUCGGCGGGGUUUUCCCUCGCUUUCGGCUCCAUGUUCGCAAAAACCUACAGGGUGCACAGGAUAUUUAUCAGCAACCGAAGCGGCGUGUGCAAGACGAAGCUCCUGCAAGACACUCCACUGAUCUCGCUGGUGUGUGCUCUGCUGCUGCUGGACGGCUUGCUGGUCACGUUGUGGGCCGCGCUGGACCCCAUGCAGCGCCAGCUCAAAAACCUCACGCAGGAGAUCAGCGCCAACGACCGUAGCGUCGUCUACCAGCCACAGAUAGAAGUGUGCAAAUCUCAAAACACGACUGGUUGGUUAUGCGCGCUUUACGCAUAUAAAGGUCUCCUACUAUUAGUGGGCGUAUACAUGGCCUGGGAAACUAGAAACGUUAAAAUAUCAGCCCUUAACGACUCCAAGUACAUCGGCAUCAGCGUGUACUCCGUCGUCAUUACCAGUACGAGUGUAGUCGUCAUUGGGACGAUCAUUUCUGAGAGAGCUACAUUAGCCUACAUCACGAUUACAAGCCUCAUUCUGAUAACAACGACGUCGACUUUGUGUCUGCUGUUCUUGCCGAAGAUUGUAGCAAUAAGGAGUAGUAAAACUGAAGACGACCCUGUAAUUCAGAGCUUGGGGCUCAGAUUGGAGUGUAAGACGCGGCGCUUUGUCACCGACGAAACGCAAGAGCUGCACUUUCGUAUUGAGAUUCAGAACAAGGUGUACAAGCGCGAAGUGGCCGCGCUGGACAAAGAGAUUGGCCGCCUGGAGCGGCUGCUGGCAGAGCCACUCGAGUCCGUCACCAGUUCCAACGCUUCCAUUGCACUUCACAAACGGACCGAAUUGAACACCGUAGAAGAAGAAGACCGUUGCCGUUCAGAUCCAGAAAGGAGGACACCGAGCAUCACUGGAGGCCUUCCCAUGCUGUUACUGUCUGUACUCCCGCCGGUCAUCCCUCGCGCCAGCUGGCCCUCCGCCGAGCACUGCCGGGGAAGAAACUCCGUCAGCUUCAGCUCACAACCUAAACUAAACUAUCGCAAAUCACAACAAGCAAUAGACCUAUACAGCCUUUGCUUAAACAAACGAGAAGAACAUCACGGUCUUCUCAGCAGAAUAAGAAGCUUUUUCGGAGGCAGCAGUAGGCCGACCAGCAGAAAAGCCUCAACCAUGUCUAUCGCUGAUCCUACGGGACAGAGCAUAGCCGCUGCUCUAAAGAUGCAUGUAGGCAUGAUCGCUGGAUUAGUUCCAGGAAAUAGAAAACACUCAAUGGUCUUAUCCUGCAACACCUUAAAUGUACCUUCCUACCCUGAGUUAAAACUAAGACGGGAAUCUUAUGCCAAAAGUGGUCCAAUUAUUCGUAUAACAGAUGAUGAGCCAUCGUGUUCCAAGUAUGAAAGACCUCCUCAGAAAUACAUUGCAGAACCAGAGACAAAAGUGAACUUUGUAUUGCCAACUAUCCACAAGAGACCAAUGUCUCACGAGAACUCUUGUGAAAAAAUAAAAGGGUCACCAAGAUUUCCCCAUAGAAUCUCACCUGCUGCAUCUAGUUUAACUGCUUUGAGCGGGAGAAAAACCAGCGCUGAUAGCGUCUUUAGCAUAACAGGAAGGGUCUUUGAGGAGCAAAGACGGUAUAGCCAUCAGAAUGUGACCAACCAGGAGCCUAAAGGCAAAGCUGUGCUAGAGAGCAGGUGGAAGUCAACGGAGGACGCAAGACCGGGUCCCUCGUCAAGGGAUUAGAUGUAAAUUGUGCCAAAAUUGUGCCAAAUAAACAUUAUGAUUUUACUAUAUCAGUAGUAAAUAGUUUUCAGUGAUAAUGUCAAAAGACACUGCAAUUAUAAUAUUCUUGUCGUGAAAGUUUUUUGACCUGCUCAAAACAUCAUUUCAUUUUCAGUAAUAUUAUAUGUACAGGUACUAUUAAGGUAAUUUAAAUGUAUAAUAUAAUUGUGGAUAUAAUUGACAAAGGAAUAUUACACCAAAUAGUAGAUUAGAAUUGUGUUUAAGUAAAGCUUGAACACGCCAAAACGUGGGCACAUAAAAUUACAAAUAAAUAGAAAAUAAAGGUCUAAUGGAGCGAAAUAUAUAUUGAAUAUAAUUGAAAAUAUUAUAGUUUAUCAUGCUAAUAUACUAGACUAUCAUUUCAGCCUCAGGAUUUGACAUGUCACAGACUUCGUGAUGACCAGGACACAGGCACUUUGCACGACAUGAUUACUGUAUGCUUAAGUAGUCCAAGCCAGAGUUAUUUGCGGAUAAGUUGAUAAUAUAACUUUAACGGGUGUCUUUUUCAAAUAUUCAUUGAUAUGGGCCCAGUCCAUUGCCAUCCGCCUUCAUUUAUUACCAUCCGCCAAAAGUACCCUUUUGGCAUUGUCAGCAUGUCCAUCAUGUUAAUACCCCUUCGUCACUGUUAUAGUGUAAUGACAACACGAUGAAUGCUACCAAAAUAGUAACUGUGAGCUGUGGCUUCUUUAAAAUAGGUUUAGGUCAUUUUCGCAAAUGUUUCUUGCAUACAUUUCUAUAGUCAAUGUCCCUUAUGCGAAUCAAUUAACGGCGUCGCUUGAUGCAAUCACAAGUAGCUGGCUCAACCAAUAAAUAAUGGGGAUACUUAGCAUUAUUUUUAUCUUGCAAUCUUCGGGAAUGUAUUAGCAACUCAUACAAGUCAAACUUUUUAUUUUGUGUAUUGCUUGAAGUAUGUAUUUCUAUAGAACCAUCGUCUAACACCUAACACGCUCAAAUACGUUAAAAAUGAUCAAACGUUUUAAUAUCCUACAUUUUGCAUACAAAUUUCAUUUAGCACCACUAUUUUGGGAGCAGAUAAGCUCUUGCUAGCUCUUAAUUUAACUUGACUUCUCUUUUUGUACAUAAAUUUGAGAUAUUUGUACGUUUUUUGCAACAUAAGAAAAAUUUGGUUUCGGUCUUUAUGUAAGAACGCUGUAUUUUCCUAGUUUCUUUUUUUUUCUCAUUUGUAUCUCGUGUUAUUCUGCUUUCUGGUUGUCUUUCCAUUCAUUGACGUCUCCGCAACAUUUCAAAAACACAAAAACUAAUCGAUCCUCGAUAUAUUAACAUUUUCACAAGGUUCUUUAGCCUAAUCGACUUUUCCAAUUCUAUUGGUGCAAAGUGAUUUCGCUCAGUUAUUGUUUAAAGCUCGUUAUCAUGAAAACGAAUCAUACAAUUGACAACUAUUGUGGUAUCAUAUAUUCCUCAUACUAUAGCGAUUUUAAUUUAAGUAAAGUAAUAAAAUUUAACCACCCUUUCCAAAAUGUAUAAGCAAAAAUGUGUGCCCACGUUUUGGCGUGUUCAAGCUUUAGGUAGUUGGUUUGCGUUCCUGUAGGUAUCAUAGGCCUAUAAAUAUAUCAGCAUUUUAUUAGACUAGAAUGGCCUCAUUUUUUUAUAUUCCGUGUAGGAAUCAGGAAUUGCAGAAUACGUAAUUAUUUAAUACUGAUAUUAAAUGGCUCGUUUUAAAAACAAUAAUAUUUAACGUAGACUUUAAAUAUCUAAUGAUUGUCUUAGUUAUUAACAAUAUCUUCCAUGGGAAGAACCCCAUACAUUCACUCAGAUUGACUCAGCCAUACACUCAUUCAGUCUAUCUCGUUUUACUUAAUAGUAAUAUGUAUUUUGACAAACUGUGUUACUAAUAUAAUGAACUUAGAAUUGUACUCGUAUUACUACCUACUGUAAAAAUUAUUUUGAAAUUGAUGUAAGUAGAAUAUCGAUUAAGUCAAAAUAUUUUGUAAUUAACUUAUUUAAAAAUGAAAUGAUAAGCAAUAUAAUUGUAAUGUAAGAAACCUUAGGGGUGAGAACAUAUCAUAAAGCACAGCAUACCUCCAUAAAUACCUAUCUGUAAAUCAGUAGGCAAGUGCGGGCUACAGUGGAUCACCUUUUUUAUAUUAAGAGAAGUAGUUACCAUAUUUUCACUUCAAAUUGUAUCUUUUUCUUCUACCUAAAAGCCAAGUCAACGUACCUACCUAUAUUAUCUAACCCAUCAAUCAUAAUCACAUAAACAAAAAAGUGGAGCAAAAUCCACUGUUACUCAUGUGUGCGAGAGACGCAUGAGUUUAGGGUUGGGAGCCCGAAUUCGCUUUGCCUGGGGUGUUCGCUUAACCCGACC